ACCCCCCGCAUGUUCUCGGUGCUCUCCUACGGGCGGCUGGUGGCCCGCGCCGUCCUGGGCGGCCUCUCGCAGACCGACUCCCGCGACUACAGCCUGGUGACGGCCAGCUGCGGCUUCGGCAAGGACUUCCGCAAGGGCAUCCUGAAGAAGGGCAUGUGCUACGGCGACGACGCCUGCUUCGUGGCCCGGCACCGCACGGCCGAUGUGCUGGGGGUGGCUGACGGCGUCGGAGGCUGGCGAGACUACGGCGUCGACCCGUCUCAGUUCUCAGGGACUCUGAUGCGCACUUGUGAACGUUUGGUCAAGGAAGGACGGUUUGUGCCCAGCCACCCGGUGGGAAUCCUCACCACCAGCUACUGUGAGCUGCUGCAGCACAAAGCCCCCCUGCUCGGGAGCAGCACGGCUUGCAUUGUCGUCCUGGAUCGGACCACGCGGCGCCUGCACACCGCAAACCUGGGCGAUUCGGGCUUCUUGGUGGUCCGGGGGGGCCGAGUAGUGCACCGCUCCGAUGAACAGCAGCACUAUUUCAAUACUCCGUUCCAGCUCUCGAUAGCGCCGCCCGAAGCCGAGGGAGUCGUCUUCAGCGACAGCCCGGAUGCUGCUGACAGCACCACCUUCGACGUGCAGCUGGGAGACAUCAUCCUGACGGCUACGGACGGGCUCUUCGACAACAUGCCGGACUACAUGAUCCUCCAGGAGCUGAAGAAACUAAAGAACUCAAAUUACGAAAGCAUCCAGCAGACGGCGAGCAGCAUUGCCGAGCAAGCUCACGAGUUGGCCUACGAUCCAAAUUACAUGUCUCCCUUUGCACAGUUCGCGUGUGACAAUGGACUGAAUGUAAGAGGUGGGAAACCUGAUGACAUCACUGUUCUUCUCUCUAUAGUAGCUGAAUACACAGACUGACCAGCUGUGACACUCAGCUUUGAAAGACUGGUAUGUCUCCAGCUGUUCUCCGCUUCACACGUACUAUUUUCCUGCGGGCAGGAAGUCUCCUUUCUCUCUCUCUCUCUCUCUCUCUGCAUCUGACCUCAGUGGCUAAACACACCUUACGUCCAUUGCCUGUUCUAAGAUGCAGUCAAGACCCCUGGCCCAAAACCUCAGCUGGAGGACACCUGGGGACACCUCCAAGCAAGAAAUGAAGAAAUUUUCAAUACUUGAAGCCUUGUCUUUCAAAAUUGGACUCAAGAGUUAUCGCGUAGAAAGCGGGGUGGGGAAGGGGGGCUGAAGAGGGAAUAACCUUUACUUAUGGCUCUGAAGAGAAAAGCGAACAAACAAGAACGUCAGUUUAAAACUAAUUCUGGGGAAGGGGUUUUCCAAAUCGGCAAACAGGACCUAGUGAGGUCCCGAGAAGGUAUUGCUGGAAAAAGCCCAUUUCUCAAAUCGGUGGAAGGUCAGUACGUCCUGUCCCUGGCUGAACAUGUUGGAAAACUUGUGUUUGUAGCUGAAUUCUCCAUAGGCUUUCCAAGGGCAGUGAGCCUUUUGGUCUCUCUCUCUCUAUAUACAUUUCGACCUGGGCGACUUGGAAGAUGUGCUGGCUGGGGAAUUCUAGGAGUUGAAGUCCGCCCCAUCUUCAAGUCACCCAGGUUGCAAAAUAUUGGUCUGCCUGCUAUUAGCCAGGAGCUUUCUUACUCAAUUUGGAACGCACAACUCGUCUGGAAUUGUGGUGCGCAUGUGUGAGAGAGAGUUUGUGAAGGUGCUAAACUGUUAUACCAGUGGAACGUCGGCCUGUGGCAAAACGGGGCCCUUUUCGUAGCUGAAUUGUUCUGCCAGAUCAUCGCCUAACGCUCUCUUCGGUUGCAGAGAAAGUCUCAAGAUGUCGAGGGAGGUUGAGCACCGGCUCGGGUGCUGAGCGCGAACAGGCUUCCCCGAGAAAAUACAUGUUUACAGGGCUCUAAUUGCUAAUUGGCAAUAUCGUAAAUUUUAUUAAUUUUUUUUUUUUGCAUCCACCCACACUCAGUCCAACUUCUCAGUAGCUAUAAGUUCCCCUACCCCGUUUUUCUAAGCUCGUGUAAAAAAAAAAAACAAAACCACAGCUGUUUUUAUUUAUACAUAACACCUAAAGGUAUGUAUAAAAAUCUUGGUUAGUUUUUCAUAAUUUUUUGUUGGUGUUUUUUUGCCUGUAGGAGAAACAAAAGUCCUUCGCAACGAAAAGCCAUGUUUUAUACAGCAAGUUGGGUCACGUUGAUGUUUAGUUGAUAAUCUUGGCGAGUAAAAGCAACCGUCCUUGUUUUUUUAAAAAAAAACUCACAAAAAAGGGGGUUUUUUUACUGCCAGGUUUAUUCUGUUAAAACUGUAAGUUUGAGGUUACCUCAGCCUGUUUUAAAAAUUAUUUUUUGGUGGUUGUAUUGUACAUUUGCAUUAUUGUGUCCGACUUUUUAUUUAUAAUUUAACAUGUACCGUGUACAUGUGGUUCGUUCCUGCUUCUAACAGGCAUUUCAUUUGCGACGAUAAGCGGCAAAAACAAUAAUAAUAAUUCAUUUUUUAGAAACUGUUCCAACCAACUUUUCCAGUUAUUUUUUAAAAUCACCUUUUUUUUCUUUUGUCCAGAUUGCCUUAACAACGUAGCUUGACGAAACUGAUCGGUUUGGGGGGUACGGAUACAGGGUGGCAUACGGUGAAUGGAUGAAAAUUGCAUAAUAUAUAUUUUAAAAAAAACCACGGCCCAUUAUAACGUUGUACAAACCAUUUCAAUCCCCUUUUCCCCCUCAUCCUGAUGCUGAACCAGCUGGGCCUAAGUACCUUCUGCUAGAAAUUGUAUAUUAAUAGGUCUUUAUGCAACCCGUUUCCCACUUCGUUGGAGGGGUAGGUGAGCUCUUAAUUGGGAAUCCGCGUGUCGCUGGUGCCAUCUCAUAUUUUGAGCAAAUCCUGAAGAGCUACCGACUCUCCCCACUGUUUUUCCCAUUGUCCUGGGUCUCUAGAGAUCAUCAAGCAGGGGUUAACAUUCUUGCUGCCAUACUCUUUAGCCUUUCUGCAACGAUUGGCUGACUAUGGAGGGGAAGGUGCUUUAAAACACUGUUUCCCAACCUUGGCAGCUUUUAAGAUGGGUGGACUUCAAGUCCCAGAAUUCCCCUGCCAGCUGUGGGGAAUUCUGGGAGUUGAAGUCCACCCAUCUUAAAGCCGCCAAAGCUGAGAAACGCUGCUUUAGAAGUAGCAAUGGGAUUCGUAAGCCUUGGUUAUGUUUCAUUUAGAGCAAUUUCUACUCUGUAAAGCCAUUUGUUCCUUAGGACCAUUUUUUUUUUUUUUUUAGCCAUGGUCAAAUUGAAUUUUUAAAACUUGCAUCGUCCCCCUUUCCUCCCCUUUGGGACACCAAAGACCCCCGUGGAGUUUAUAGCUUUCCGGCCAUCUGUUUUUUAAAAGCAAUACUGUAUUUUAAAACAAAUUCUAUUGCAUGCUUGAGAUCUCCCGCCCACCCCCUCCCACCCCCUAUUUUAAGAUGAGCCUUCAAUCCUAAUAGACCCCGAUUUCUUCCCUGGGAACUUUAAAGCUGUCUGCGCACAAGAAUUUUAUUUUUUUACAAAAAGGAAAAAAAAAAAAAACCCAGGAAAGGAAAAGGCGAAGUCUCCUGGCCUUGGUAACACCAUCUUCACGCCGACCCUCCAAGCCGUAGUGCUUCUAUUCCGGGCAAUCUGGGCUUAGGAAUUGGCACAUUCCAUUUUCCUUCCUUCCCUAAAAACCGGGGACACCUUGACGGCCAGACCCCAACCUGCAUUUGAGGAGGGUGGGAGCCCAUGUGUGAGAAACCCCUGAUUCAUUGGAGCAGCUCCGGGGUCGUUGCAUUUUGAGAUGCAAAGAGGGUGGUGGAGGGGCCUCUGCCGCUCUGAAUGAGGAGGGGGUUUGCAUCUUGGGCUCCAUUUUCUUCGCUCAGGCUGGGGGUGGCAGCAUCGCCUGUGGGACCCAGAGCUGCCUGGCAGAGAAGCAAACUCUGAUUUCUCGAGGGUGGGAUGGGCGACGGUUUUCCCAGCCCUCCCCUUCUCUGUAGCACCUCUGCCCUCUUAAGUCUGCUGCAUGGCAGGGGGUCCCCCAAAAGCUGGAGAUGGGAAUGCUAAACAUCUUCACCCAUCUCUUCCUUGAGGGGGGGGCUUGGCAGCCUCCUGCUUCCCCCCUGCUCUGCAGAAAGCUCUCUCCUGCUUUCUUAGGAGCCCCUCCGGAUCCCGCUUGGUUUCCCCAUUCGAUCUCUCUUGCUGUAGUAAGGAUCGAAUAGGAAAAGAAAGCAACUUGAAAUCUGGGACUUGAAGGGGAAAGGGAUCUUAAGAAACUGUCCAUGGUGGAAGCAGAGAUAAGAAAUCAUGGGAACGGCUCUUUUCCUGCAGGAGACCAGACUCGAUCCAGACCUGGGUUUUUGCGUUUUUAAUUUCGUUGUUUUUUUUUUUAAUUUCCUUCUGACGAGGAUAGCUGAUCUAAUGAGGAUGCCGUUUUUUCUUGUUAAAUGAGACUAUCGUGACCUGUAACUUACCUAUAAAAAGGAAAUUUAAAUUAUGUGAAUUGAAUGUCUGGAGUAUAAUUUGUGCGAGAAUAGUAUCUGUAAAUACAUUUAAAUGAACUGUAAAGAUAUUUAAUAAAUAUAGUAUUUAUACAAUA